AUGGACCAGCUCUGCAUUGUGGUAAGGUUUUUAUUGCUCCAGAUUAUAUAUGAAAUAAACUUUAAGUUUGUGGAAGAGUUGAAGAAGAGGAUUGGUUUAUAUUACAAUCGGCUAUCCUGGAUGUCAAUGAUUGAGGAAGGUGCUGUGAAGGACUUCUAUGAGCUGUGGCCUCAGAAAUUUCAAUGCAAGACAAGUGGUGUUACCCAGCGCCGCUGGAUUGUGGUGAGUAAUCCUAGCCUGUGUGCUCUUAUCUCAAAAUGGCUUGGAACAGAAGCUUGGAUUCGUGAUGUUGACCUUCUAACUGGCUUGCGAGCAUAUGCAGCAGAUCCUGACCUUCAACAAGAAUGGAUGAUGAUUACAAUGAAAUUUAUCACCUUCAACUGCAGGGAGCUAUCAUCAUCCUCCGGCAUUGUGCAUACCUAUUUCAUCUUCUUGUCACAGUAA